ACAGACAGGAGGAGGAGGAGUCAGGAAGGGAGAUAAAACACAGAGUCAGCAGAGCAGAGACGUCCAAACUGAGGAGGAUCAGAGCAGGAGACCAGCGUCACUCGUCUGCAGCGUGAACGACUGAGAGACGAGAGCCGAGGAGGAGGUGGAAAAAGAGGAGGAGGAGAAACCAAACCACCCACAGAGAGAAACUUUCCUCACACACAGACGCUCUGUCUGUGUUUAUGUUUGUGUUCUGACGACGGAAAACUGAACAGAAGCAACGAAGACGAAGCUCUGAACAGAAAACACUUUUCUCUGAAUACAACCUGACAGAAGAGGAGCAGACUCACUGCAGUGCAUCAUGGGAACGUCUUAACGCCGCAGAGACCCCUGAAGACCUGAACCUCCGCCCUCUGGAUCCAGCUCCACCGCUCCCAGCAUGCUGGCCCGGCGGCCCCAGGGAAGGAGUACCGCGGGCGAGGCAGGACGGCUGCUGCUGCUGCCUCUACUUCUCCUGGGCAUCAUGCUGACCAUGGCGGCGGCGGCGAGCGCUGAGGAGUUGGAGAGCGAGGAGAGCGAGGAGUUCCUGGAGGAGGAGGACGUCAUCAGCACGGAGAUCCUGGAGCCGAUGUCCUCAGAGCUGUCCCGGGUGUCCCCCCUCAGCUCCUGGCUCAUCUUCAGAAGGAACUCCAACAAGGGGGACAACCGGAGGACCAAAGGGUCCAGGAGAGCCUCCAAGCACGGUCUCCCAGGACCUCCAGGACCUCCAGGCCCUCCCGGACCCCAGGGGCCCCCCGCCCCCCUCCUGCCCCAUCAGCAGGACCUGAUCCAGGAGCUGAAACUGAGAGAUGGAGGAGGAGUGUGUGUCCUGUGUGAUCGUGCACCUCGUGUCUCCACUUCCUUUCUGAGUCGUCUCCUGCAGGUGGUGGUUGUUCCUCGCCGCAGCCUGCUGGAGCUGCAACCAUUCAGCCAGCCCUCCCCAGCGGAACGGAGCCUCCAGAGAGGUCAGAGCUUCAACAGCAGCGUGGGCCGCUACACGGUGCCAGUCUCCGGUUUCUACCAGCUGACCGCCAGCCUGCUGAUCGAGUCAGGUGACAGGGUCCAGGUGAGACUCAGAGACAGCGUGCGAGCAGCGAUCUGCAUCGAGUCUCUCUGCCAGAGCAAUCUCUCUGUUGAGUCUGUGAUGGGUGUGGCAGCUGCUGGAGGAACUUUCAGCAUGUUACUGACAGGAACACUCUAUCUACAGGCUGGAGAGUAUGUGUCGGUGUUUGUGGACAACGCCAGCGGCUCGGCCCUCAGCGUCCUGCAGGACUCUCUGUUCUCUGGGAUCCUGCUGGGAGUCUGAAGAUCUCGCCAGCGGAGGAGUGACAUCUUCACCAGGGGCCUCAUGUCUGAAAGAGUGCAAAGCUUACAUACUGAAAGAAGGCGUACUCAUCGUACCCAUCUCACCUCCACAUGUAUCAAACUGUUCCUACACCAGGUUCUGGGCAACUUUCCUUGAUACAUCCCAAUCAACUGAGCGUAUAUGCACGAGCCACCAGCCACGCCCUGGCUCCUCCUGAAAAUGAAUACGCAGAUGACAAGCAAAUGACUUUAAAUAGCCUGCAUGCCCGCUGAUUAUCGACAAAACAAUGGCAAAUCAACUUACUGCCACUGCGUGCGUGGUGGACGUGGUGAUCUCGGAGGUGGAGGAAGGAAAAAUUAUCUUUUUGUUGCCUCAGGUCUGGGAUGAGCAACAAGAUGUCACUGUAGCUGUUAACGCAGCCGGAUCAGAGACCUGCACCAUGGCAGAAGUGUCCCUCAACACACGCUCCUUCAAAACUCCACUGUUAUUCAUAUUUCAAGAGCUGUUAGAGCAGCCAGUGCAUAAUGUCUGCUAAAAUAAUUUUUACGCAUCAGUUUAUAAGCCACACUUAACUUGUUGUCCCAAUUAUACAUCACAUACAGGAUCAAAUAUGCACUACUCCUGACUUAUUCUGAAAGGAUUUCCAACACACAUUUUUCUCUGAGGAGAGGGAUUUGUGCGUCAUGGGUCGCUGUGCACCUGCAACGUUAACAUGUUAAACCAAAGAGAAGCAAUCGGUGAUCGGGACUUUGACACAGUGAUUAAAGCAGGUUAUCUAUGAAAAAUGUAUGUGCUCCAUAAUCAGAAUCAGAAAUACUUUAUUGGUCCACGGAGGGAAAUUCGGUAUA